AUGGCUUCGAGCAGCUGGACAUGGUUACUGUGGGGCGAACUGCAUCGGACGCCGACGGCGAGUUACACCGUGAUCGGUCUGUACGCCGCGGUGAUCGGCUUCGGGGCCAGCUUCAACCUGGCCAUUGUGAUCGCGCUUUUGCAGUACCGGCAACGGACGUUGCGCAACAACGUGACCAACCUGUUCGUAUUGUGUCUGGCAGUCUCGGACAUUGUCCUCUGCGGCGUCAGCAUGCCGUUGCAGGUGUACUUUGAGCUGGCAACUCGUGUCAACAGCCACACACUCUGUCGCCUCAUCUACUCCAGUUUCGGAGUGCCCAUGUACGUGUCGUGUCUGACCAUUCUGCUGAUCGCGAUCGAGCGAUACCGCCUCAUCGUGAGGCCAUUCGACAAGCGUAUCUCUUUCCGUCUCGGUCUCCUCCUCGUGGCCGGUGUCCUCUUCGUCAGUCUCGUCAACAGCAUGCCCGUCGGUCUGUUCGUUCGGGCCAACUAUUGCGUCCUCAACUGCCAAGAGAAUUGGCCCAACCAAGCGCUUCGACUCGCCUACUCUUGCAUCAUCUUCACGGUUCUCUUUCUCUUGCCGCUGCUCGUCUGCGCCAGCCUCUAUCUGGCAAUCUAUCGUCGUCUCGCCCGUCGGCCCGACCAAUCGAGUAGCGUCGGCGUUGGCGUCGGUAGUGACAGUUCUGCCGGCCUAGGCAACCGAGAAGCGGAACGACGCAAGCGACGCACCACAGGCCUGCUUGUCGGAGUGGUCGUCUGUUUCACCGUCUCAUGGGCGCCAUGGUGUCUUUUUUCGCUCGUCACUGAAGUCGACCGGCACAAAACACGACUUGGUGAUCUCAAUCCGCUGGUACGUGUCUUCACGGAGACUUUUGAUCGCGCCGAGAGUCGAGCCGAGUGUGAUCGUCUCGUCGCCUGCAUGGAUCGUCUUCUCGUCGUUCUCGCCAGUCGAGGUCGUCGCGACAGCCUCGACACCGAGAAGCCCUAUUCGGCCACUGCGUCGCUCAACGUCGGCGUCAACGAGAGCAGACGAGCACUGGCCGACGGACUGACCACAAUCGACUUGGCCUGCUUCUAUGCGCUCGACAGAAUGGGCACCGGUUCCCUCGGUCCGGUACAGCGGAGACCGGCCACUCAACGCCAGAUCGUUGAUAAUAUCGGCUCCGGCACUGACGACAAUAACGGCGACGGCGACAGCUACGUCGGCAACGCAGUUAAAAACGACGGUGAUAGCUACGUCGGCAACGCAGUUAAAAACGACGGUGAUAGCUACGUCGGCAAUGCAGUUAAAAACGACAGCAUCGGCUACGUCGGUAAUGCAUUUAAAAACGACGGUGAUAGCUACGUCGGCAAUGCAUUUAAAAACGACGGUGAUAGCUACGUCGGCAAUGCAGUUAAAAAUGACGGUGAUAGCUACGUCGGCAAUGCAGUUAAAAACGACGGUGAUAGCUACGUCGGCAAUGCAGUUAAAAACGACGGUGAUAGCUACGUUGGCAAUGCAUUUAAAAACGACGGUGAUAGCUACGUCGGCAAUGCAGUUAAAAACGACGGUGAUAGCUACGUCGGCAAUGCCGUUAAAAACGACGGCGAUGAAGAUUCGUCGGACGGAUUGACCGAGGACGGGUCGAGUGCCGACGGACUGCAGCUGUUGGAGAGCGACGCGACGGGUCCUGCGACGCAGCCGGCUCGAUUGGCGCGUCUGCUGCCCAAGGGCCGACCCUACCUGCGACUGGCCGACCUCAUCCUCAAACUCUUCGCCAUGUCCUCGGCUUGCAUCAACCCUUUCCUCUACGGUUGGCUGAACGAGGCGAUCCGCGACGCCCUCCUCCGUCAGUACGGCCGUCUCGGCUGCCUCGUCUUUGGACGUCGCCGGCGUCGCCGGUGCCCAAGUGUCAGCGUCGCCGUCGACGUCGACGUCGCCAUUGCUACCAGACGCAAAGCGAGUUCGAUAGACAAGCUCGCCUCGCUUUCGCGUCGUCAUCGCCCAACCGGCCGGCCAGCCUCGGUUGAACUCGAAUCCGGUCUCGAGGCGGGACUCGAACCCGAUCUGCCGACCGACCGGAACGGGGCGAUGGCGAAAGAAGCAAAAAUACGCGCAAAUUCUCGACGCUAUAAGCAACGAUGGCGACUGUCCGAGGGUUCCCGGUUUGUACAGAUCCAUGGCAACCACGAAGACACAGUCUGCUAUUGCGCCUGUUGGCCAGGCUUCGGUUCCCGCCUUGACGGGCCGUCGCACACCAUCCGACCGCCCCACCCGCCCUCAACCCACGAUACCGCGCCGGAAUACCUUCCCUCUCCGACGGCAUAA